AUGGCUUCACCAGCUGAUGAAGUAGGUGAAAGGGACUUAGAGAAAGGGUCGGUUACCCCAGUCAUUUACCAUAACCCUCUAGCUGAGAUGUCGCAAUCGCCUUCCCCAUCACCUUCUCCAUCUUCGGCAACAGCUCCGGCUCUAGUUCUAUCUAAUUCUGGCAAGAGAAUAGACCAAGCUGGGAAGAAGAAGUAUGUAAAGCAGGUGACUGGACGACACAAUGACACUGAGCUGCAUUUAGCUGCUCAAAGAGGCGAUCUUGCGGCGGUGAAGCAGAUUCUGGAUGAUAUCGACACUCAAAUGGUGGGAACUUUGAGUGGAGCCGACUUCGAUCAGGAGGUAGCAGAGAUCCGGGCAUCAGUAGUGAAUGACGUGAAUGAGUUAGGGGAGACUGCAUUGUUCACUGCUGCUGACAGAGGGCAUCUUGAUGUGGUGAAAGAAUUGUUGAAGUACUCUAAUAAGGAAACGCUCACGAGGAAGAAUCGGUCGGGCUUUGAUCCUCUACAUAUUGCUGCUAGUCAAGGACAUCAUGCUAUUGUCCAAGUACUGCUAGACCAUGACCCUACACUUAGCAAAACUGUUGGGCAGUCGAAUGCCACCCCUCUUAUAACAGCAGCUACCCGAGGACAUAUAGAUGUUGUUAAUGAGCUUUUAUUGAAGGAUUGUAGCUUGCUGGAAAUUUCAAAAUCCAAUGGUAAAAACGCGUUGCAUCUUGCUGCCAGACAAGGGCAUGUUGAGAUUGUGAAAGCAUUGCUUGACAAAGAUCCUCAACUGGCAAGGAGGACUGACAAGAAAGGGCAGACUGCACUGCAUAUGGCUGUGAAAGGAGUAAACUGUGAAGUUGUCAGAUUGUUGCUUGAGGCUGAUGCUGCAAUUGUCAUGCUUCCUGACAAGUUUGGUAACACAGCAUUACAUGUGGCUACAAGGAAAAAACGAGCCGAGAUAGUGAAUGAGUUGAUUACGCUGCCUGAUACCAAUGUUAAUGCCCUUACCAGAGACCACAAGACAGCUCUAGAUAUAGCAGAAGAUCUUCAGCUCUCCGAAGAAUCUGCUUUGAUUAAAGAGUGCCUUUAUCGUGCUGGGGCAGUUAGAGCGAAUGAACUGAACCAACCAAGAGAUGAAUUGAGGAAAACUGUGACACAAAUCAAGAAAGAUGUUCACACCCAACUAGAACAGACUAAGAGGACAAAUAAAAAUGUCCAUGGGAUUGCAAAAGAGCUUAGGAAACUACAUCGAGAAGGGAUAAAUAAUGCUACUAACUCAGUUACUGUGGUGGCUGUGCUCUUUGCAACAGUUGCUUUCGCAGCAAUUUUUACUGUGCCCGGUGGGGAUGAUGACAAUGGGGUGGCUGUGGUUGUCAGCCGAGCUUCCUUCAAAAUCUUCUUCAUCUUUAAUGCCAUUGCUCUAUUUACCUCUCUUGCUGUUGUUGUGGUUCAAAUUACGCUGGUCAGGGGUGAGACAAAAGCAGAAAGAAGGGUGGUGGAGGUGAUAAACAAGUUGAUGUGGUUGGCUUCAGUUUGUACAUCAGUGGCUUUCAUAGCGUCCUCCUACAUAGUUGUCGGCCGUAAGUACGAAUGGGCCGCGAUCCUGGUUACAGUAGUUGGAGGUGUAAUAAUGGGUGGAGUUCUUGGGACCAUGACAUAUUAUGUGGUGAGGUCAAAGCGAAAUCGAUCAAUGAGGAAACGAGAGAAGAGUGCGAGGAGCGGCUCCAACUCUUGGUACCACUCGGAGUUUUCCAACUCGGAUAUUGACAAGAUCUAUGCCAUCUAG